AUGGUGCUCGUGGAGCAUACCUUCGAUGCCAAAUGCCGACAGACCCCCGUUCGCCUUACUGAGAGGGACGGAGGCAUGCCGCCGCUUAAGGCGCAAUUCUUUUACUCUUCAUCGAUACCCAUAGACGAUCCGCUCUCUGCGAGCUCGCAUACGGCUACUACGGACUUUAGAAAAUACAAGGAGCUGCUGCGACCCUUCGGCCGAGGUGAUAACAACGCUCUAGAAAAAGUGUGGUUGUCUCUGUCCACCUCCGAAAACCGCAGUCGCCACGAGGCGCUGCGUUCUGGAAAAUCAAAGAAUGGAUCCAUGGCCAAACAAGAUGCCGAGGCGCGCGAGGACCUUGUGCAAAGAGCUGCUCAAAAGUACGGAAAAUUUCAUGACGGAGUCAGGCGCGGCCAAGACAGUCCGGUGCGCUCCACAAUCGUAACACAUGAGACGCAAGAGGAAAUAUGCUGUUCUGAGCUGCUGGAAGAGAUUGAAAUUCAGCUCAAGACAACAACAUGCUCACUAGCGAGAGCAGUUGAUCCGGCGUUUAGUCCAGAGGCAGUUGCCAAAGACGUAGCAGCAUUGGUACUCCGUCGUCAGCUAGGCCGGGACGAUGAGGGAAGUUCUCACGCAAUUCCCUUCCAGGCAGGCUCCUCUAGGAACCAAUCCAAAAUCACACGGCCGCGAACUCCUACUCGGAAGGAACACGAAACCAGCAAAUCGCAUGACUCGAAUCACCCGCCCACAACCAAGUCCAAACUAAUGGAGCCAAAAACGGCACAUGUCACCGUUGGAAUCUCUAGACUGCAUAUGGUUGAUCUACCUGCUCUUCAGAUGAAACCAAUUUACUGGUCACCGAUAAACGAUAUUGCAGUUGUAAUGAGAGCAACAUGGUUUUACAGAGAUACGAUGUCGCCAGUGUCGGCAGCAGUGGCCAACCAGUUAGAAGCUGGAUAUCAAGAAUUGAAGCCUUGGACAGCGACCUGGACGGAAGAAUUGGAAUGCGCUCUGGAAGUCGGAGCCGCAGGCGAAGAGAAAGUUUCACAUCAACUAUGGCCGAAGCACUACCAACCGCUCAAUGGAGUCACCCCCAACGGCACCGAGCCGGUCAUUUCAUCUGAUCUAUUCUGCGCAGCACGGUGUUUUCGGGGCGAUGCUGCUGCCAACGGAUCCAUACACUCGCUCAAUAUGGAGAAGGAGCUUCCUAAUCGUCCCUUUGCCAACUACCAAGUCAUCUAUAGAGAUUGCAAGACGGCAUUCCUACUGAAGCCCAACUUAGCGCCAUCUUUAAAUCAUGGUAGACGCCCCGUUGCAAAGAUAAUGCGAGGAAUCACUGUGGGACUACCCGUCGUCCGUGACUUCGAUAGACGUUCCUGGAACAGGCACCACGGUCCCAAGAAUGCCGCCGCUGUGGCAGCAGAGGAGGUACCUGCUGUUGACAACCAAGAGGAAGAGAUACUAACCGAAUGUCCGGCUUGCACAGCUGAAAAGGACCGUGGGCAAAUUACAGACCUUGUUCUAGUUGCCCACGGCAUUGGUCAAAAAAUCGCAGAGAGGGUGGAAAGUUAUCACUUCACACAUGCUAUCAAUAGCUUCCGACGAGCCGUUAACAUUGAGCUUGGGAACCCAACAAUCCAAAAUGUCCUCCGCGCCGACCAGAAUGGCUUGAUGAUAUUGCCACUGAACUGGAGAGUUGGGCUGUCUUUUGACAGUGAGGACGCGGCACAGAAAGGGGUCAAGGAUAUGGUAGAACCCUUUGAUUUGAAAGACAUCGAGCCCACUACUAUACCUGCGGUUCGAAGUAUGAUUUCUGAUGUCAUGUUUGAUAUUCCGUUCUACAUGUCCCACCACAAGAGCAAGAUGAUCACAGCUUUGGUUCGCGAGGCCAAUCGCGUUUACAGACUCUGGUGUCGAAACAAUCCUGGGUUUUCUGAUAAAGGCAGAGUUCACCUGAUCGCGCACUCGCUGGGUAGCGUCAUGACGGUCGACAUUUUAUCGAGACAGCCAACCAGUGUCCCGAGAUUGAACCUCGCCACGCCAACAGCGCUAGAUGAUCAGCACUUUGAGUUCAACACCACGAACCUCUUCCUGGCUGGUAGCCCGGCUGGCUUCUUUUUGUUGCUGGAAAAAGGUGCGCUGAUUCCUCGCCGAGACAGGCGAAAGCCAGGGGCGGAUGAUGGUGAUGCAGCUGCGAGAAACGUAGCCGGGGAGGCUGGGACAUUCGGCUGUUUGGCUGUGGAUAACGUAUACAAUAUCUUGGCUAAAGAGGAUCCAAUUGCAUAUCUGUUGACCGGCGCAGUUGACCCCUCAUAUGCCUCGAGCCUCAAGGUCGCCUACGUGCCCAGCGUCACGCCCUCGCUCAUGAGCACUGUCCGGGAUGUUGUUAGGAAGGUAAUUCCGGGCCUGACGCCGGAGCCAGACCCGCUUGCUGUCGAACCCGAACGACCGACGACAGCUCGCAUGCCCUCGCAGCUAGAGCUAGAGAUUCACGAUUUUACAAGAGAAGAGAUCGCCGAGAAGAAGGCCUACCUUCUCAAUGAUAACGGCCAACUUGAUUGGUUCUUGCGGUCAUCUGGGGGGCCCCUUGAGAUCCAGUACCUGAACAUGCUUAGCGCGCACACAAGCUAUUGGACAAACCAAGAUUUCAUCCGCAUGGUGUGUCUGGAAAUUGGCCGCAAACCAGGCCGUAGCCACACGUUUCCAGCCAUGAGAGCUGUUAAGGACACGAAACGGAGCAGCAGCAGGUAA